AUGGCUCCCCAAAUAGAAUUAUCAACUUGGACCCCUACAACGAUAACGUUUGCUGAGAGACAAGUAAACCGGAUCAAAAGAUUACGGUCACUGCGCUCUGCUAGAAAGCAAGCGAGGAUAAACAACUAUCAAGAAACAGUUGCUGAGGAGGCUAGGAGUAAUCUGCCGCCGAACUCGACGCUCGACGACCAAGCAAAGUCUCAAGAGACAGAAAAAGCAGCAGAUGCUGAACGAGUUGAACGUAAAAAGAGGAAGAAUCCUGAUGAAGGAUUCUCCACAUACGAACAAGCUACCGUGAGUCAAUACAACGGACUGGUUGAAAAUAUGCCGACAGCUGAUAUGGAACAAAAUGAGUCAAAGAAACAGAAGUAUGACGAUGCUGUCGAUGGUGUAUCUAAUAUGCAUGAGGACCGAGAGGAAGCAAUCGACAAGAUGGUCAAUGACCUGUCGGAAGAACAAAUUGUUAAAAGAGCUCGCUACUCUACAAGGUGCGGGUAUAAUGAUGAUGCAGACAUCGACUCCACCAAGAAUAAGAAACUAGAGACUGCAGAUUGGAAUCUGAACAGAUUUUACGGAGAGAAUACAGCCAGUACUAAGCAGAACCUGGUUCUGCCAUUCUGCUGUUGGUGUAAGCUGCAACAAUAUGCACAGUACCUGUCGCAAAUAUAG